AUGAGUUCUGACUCAGAAAUGGCUGUUUUUGGGGAGGCCGCUCCUUACCUCCGGAAGUCUGAAAAGGAGCGCAUUGAGGCCCAGAACAGGCCCUUCGAUGCCAAGACAUCUGUCUUUGUGGUGGAGCCCAAGGAGUCCUUUGUAAAAGGGACCAUCCAGAGCAGGGAAGCUGGAAAGGUGACGGUGAAGACCGAAGCCGGAGCGACUCUGACAGUGAAGGAUGAUCAGAUUUACCCCAUGAACCCUCCCAAAUAUGACAAGAUCGAGGACAUGGCCAUGAUGACCCACUUGCAUGAGCCUGCCGUGCUGUACAAUCUCAAAGAGCGUUAUGCGGCCUGGAUGAUCUACACCUACUCGGGCCUCUUCUGUGUCACCGUCAACCCCUAUAAGUGGCUGCCGGUGUAUAACCCUGAGGUGGUCACGGCCUACCGAGGCAAAAAGCGCCAGGAGGCCCCGCCCCACAUCUUCUCCAUCUCUGACAACGCCUAUCAGUUCAUGCUGACUGAUCGGGAGAAUCAGUCAAUCCUGAUCACCGGAGAAUCCGGGGCAGGAAAGACUGUGAACACCAAGCGUGUCAUCCAGUACUUUGCAACAAUUGCAGUCACUGGAGAGAAGAAGAAGGAGGAAGCAACUUCUGGAAAAAUGCAGGGGACACUUGAAGAUCAAAUCAUCAGUGCCAAUCCCCUACUGGAGGCCUUUGGCAACGCCAAGACCGUGAGGAAUGACAACUCUUCACGCUUUGGUAAAUUCAUCAGAAUCCACUUUGGCACCACAGGAAAACUGGCUUCUGCUGAUAUUGAAACAUAUCUGCUAGAGAAGUCUAGGGUUACUUUCCAGCUUAAGGCUGAAAGGAGCUACCAUAUUUUUUAUCAGAUCACAUCAAAUAAAAAACCAGAACUAAUUGAAAUGCUUCUGAUUACCACAAAUCCAUAUGAUUACCCAUUCAUCAGUCAAGGGGAGAUCAGUGUGGCCAGCAUUGAUGAUCAGGAAGAAUUGAUGGCAACAGAUAGUGCUAUUGACAUUUUGGGUUUUACCAAUGAUGAAAAGGUCUCCAUAUACAAGCUCACUGGGGCUGUGAUGCAUUAUGGAAAUAUGAAAUUCAAGCAGAAGCAGCGUGAGGAGCAGGCUGAGCCGGACGGCACUGAAGUUGCUGACAAGGCAGCCUACCUGCAGAGUCUCAACUCCGCUGACCUGCUCAAAGCCCUCUGCUACCCCAGGGUGAAGGUUGGCAAUGAGUAUGUCACCAAAGGGCAGACUGUCGAACAAGUGACCAACGCAGUGGGUGCACUGGCGAAGGCCAUGUAUGAGAAGAUGUUCCUGUGGAUGGUCACCCGCAUCAACCAGCAGCUGGACACCAAGCAGCCCCGGCAGUACUUCAUUGGGGUCCUGGACAUUGCUGGCUUCGAGAUCUUUGAUUUUAACAGCCUGGAGCAGCUGUGCAUCAACUUCACCAACGAGAAACUGCAACAGUUUUUCAACCACCACAUGUUCGUGCUGGAGCAGGAGGAGUACAAGAAGGAAGGCAUCGAGUGGACCUUCAUCGACUUUGGCAUGGACCUGGCAGCCUGCAUUGAGCUCAUCGAAAAGCCCAUGGGCAUCUUCUCCAUCCUAGAAGAAGAGUGCAUGUUCCCCAAGGCCACAGACACCUCCUUCAAGAACAAGCUGUAUGAACAGCAUCUUGGGAAAUCUUCAAACUUCCAGAAGCCCAAGGUGGUGAAAGGGAAGGCAGAGGCCCACUUCUCCCUGAUUCACUACGCUGGCACCGUGGACUACAACAUCACUGGAUGGCUCGACAAGAACAAGGACCCCUUGAACGAGACUGUGGUUGGGCUGUACCAGAAGUCUUCUAUGAAAACUCUGGCUUUCCUCUUUUCCGGAGCACAGACUGCUGAAGCAGAGGCCAGUGCUGGUGGCGGUGGGGCUGCCAAGAAGGGUAGUAAGAAGAAGGGCUCCUCAUUCCAGACCGUAUCUGCCCUUUUCAGAGAGAAUCUAAAUAAACUGAUGACCAAUUUGAGGAGUACCCAUCCCCAUUUCGUGCGGUGCAUCAUCCCCAACGAAACCAAAACUCCUGGUGCCAUGGAGCAUGAACUGGUGCUGCACCAGCUGAGGUGUAACGGUGUGCUUGAAGGCAUCCGCAUCUGCAGGAAAGGGUUCCCCAGCAGGAUCCUUUAUGCAGACUUCAAACAGAGGUACAAGGUCCUAAAUGCAAGUGCCAUCCCUGAAGGACAAUAUAUUGACAGCAAGAAGGCUUCUGAGAAGCUCCUUGGAUCCAUUGACAUUGAUCACACCCAGUAUAAAUUUGGUCACACCAAGGUCUUUUUCAAAGCUGGCCUUCUGGGGCUCCUGGAGGAGAUGAGAGAUGACAAGUUGGCCCAGUUGAUUACUCGCACCCAGGCCAUGUGCCGAGGGUUCUUGGCAAGAGUGGAGUACCAGAAGAUGGUAGAGAGAAGAGAAGCCCUCUUCUGCAUCCAGUACAACAUCCGAGCCUUCAUGAACGUCAAGCACUGGCCCUGGAUGAAGCUGUUUUUCAAGAUCAAGCCGCUGCUGAAGAGUGCGGAGACAGAGAAGGAGAUGGCCACCAUGAAGGAAGAGUUUGCGAAAACCAAAGAGGAGCUCGCCAAGUCAGAGGCCAAGAGGAAAGAAUUAGAAGAAAAGAUGGUGUCACUGUUGAAAGAAAAAAAUGACCUGCAGCUUCAAGUUCAAUCUGAAGCUGAAGGUUUGGCUGAUGCAGAGGAAAGGUGUGACCAGCUGAUCAAAACCAAAAUCCAGCUCGAGGCCAAAAUCAAAGAGGUGACUGAGAGAGCUGAGGAUGAGGAAGAGAUCAAUGCUGAGCUGACGGCCAAGAAGAGGAAGCUGGAGGAUGAAUGCUCAGAGCUGAAGAAAGACAUCGAUGACCUUGAGCUGACAUUGGCCAAGGUUGAAAAGGAGAAGCACGCCACUGAGAACAAGGUGAAAAACCUCACAGAGGAGAUGGCGGGCCUGGAUGAGACCAUAGCAAAGCUGACCAAGGAGAAGAAAGCCCUGCAGGAGGCCCACCAGCAGACGCUGGAUGACCUGCAGGCGGAGGAGGACAAAGUGAACACCCUGACCAAGGCCAAAAUCAAGCUGGAACAGCAAGUGGACGAUCUUGAAGGGUCCCUGGAGCAGGAGAAGAAACUUCGAAUGGAUCUAGAAAGGGCUAAGAGGAAACUUGAGGGUGACCUUAAGUUGGCCCAAGAGUCCAUAAUGGAUAUUGAAAAUGAGAAACAACAAUAUGAUGAAAAGCUCAAAAAAAAAGAGUUUGAACUUGGCAAUCUGCAAAGCAAGAUUGAAGACGAGCAGGCCCUUGGUAUUCAACUGCAAAAGAAAAUCAAGGAGUUGCAAGCCCGCAUUGAGGAACUGGAGGAGGAAAUCGAGGCAGAACGGGCCUCCAGGGCCAAAGCUGAGAAGCAGCGCUCUGACCUCUCCCGGGAACUGGAGGAGAUCAGCGAGCGUCUGGAGGAAGCUGGUGGGGCGACUUCAGCCCAGAUUGAGAUGAACAAGAAGCGGGAGGCCGAGUUCCAGAAGAUGCGCAGGGACCUGGAGGAGGCCACCCUGCAGCACGAGGCCACAGCGGCCACGCUGAGGAAGAAGCACGCGGACAGUGUGGCUGAGCUUGGGGAGCAGAUCGACAACCUGCAGAGGGUCAAACAGAAGCUGGAGAAGGAGAAGAGUGAAAUGAAGAUGGAGAUCGACGACCUUGCUAGUAACGUAGAAACUAUCUCUAAAUCCAAGGGAAACUUAGAGAAGAUGUGCCGCACCCUGGAGGAUCAAGUGAGUGAACUGAAGUCAAAGGAGGAGGAGCAGCAGAGGCUGAUCAAUGACCUGACCACCCAGCGAGGACGCCUGCAGACAGAAUCUGGUGAAUUUUCACGACAGCUUGAUGAAAAAGAGGCGCUGGUGUCUCAGUUAUCCAGAGGCAAACAAGCAUUUACCCAACAGAUUGAGGAGCUAAAGAGGCAACUUGAAGAGGAAUCAAAGGCCAAAAACGCCCUGGCCCACGCCCUGCAGUCCUCCCGCCAUGACUGUGACCUGCUGCGGGAACAGUAUGAGGAGGAGCAGGAAUCCAAGGCUGAGCUGCAGAGGGCGCUGUCCAAGGCCAACAGUGAGGUUGCCCAGUGGAGGACCAAAUACGAGACGGACGCCAUCCAGCGCACGGAGGAGCUGGAGGAGGCCAAGAAGAAGCUGGCCCAGCGUCUGCAGGCAGCAGAGGAGCACGUUGAAGCUGUCAACGCCAAAUGUGCCUCCCUUGAAAAGACGAAGCAGCGGCUGCAGAAUGAGGUCGAAGACCUCAUGCUCGAUGUGGAAAGAACAAAUGCUGCCUGUGCGGCUCUUGACAAGAAGCAAAGGAAUUUCGACAAGAUCCUGGCAGAAUGGAAGCAGAAGUAUGAGGAAACGCAUGCAGAGCUUGAGGCCUCCCAGAAAGAGGCCCGGUCCCUCGGCACUGAGCUGUUCAAGAUGAAGAACGCCUAUGAGGAGUCCUUGGAUCAGCUUGAAACCCUGAAGCGAGAGAAUAAAAACUUGCAGCAGGAGAUUUCUGACCUCACGGAGCAGAUCGCUGAAGGAGGGAAACGUAUCCACGAGCUAGAGAAAAUAAAGAAGCAGGUGGAACAAGAAAAGUCAGAACUUCAGGCUGCAUUAGAGGAAGCAGAGGCAUCGCUUGAACACGAAGAGGGAAAGAUUAUGCGCAUCCAGCUUGAGUUGAACCAAGUGAAGUCUGAAAUCGAUAGGAAAAUUGCAGAAAAAGAUGAGGAAAUUGACCAGCUGAAGAGGAACCACAACACCAGCCUGAUCAACACCAAGAAGAAGCUCGAGACAGACAUUUCCCAAAUCCAAGGAGAGAUGGAGGACAUUGUCCAGGAAGCCCGCAACGCUGAAGAGAAGGCCAAGAAGGCCAUCACUGACGCCGCUAUGAUGGCCGAGGAGCUGAAGAAGGAGCAGGACACCAGCGCCCACCUGGAGAGGAUGAAGAAGAACAUGGAACAGACCGUGAAGGACCUGCAGCACCGUCUGGAUGAGGCUGAGCAGCUGGCCCUGAAGGGUGGCAAGAAGCAGAUCCAGAAACUGGAGGCCAGGGUACGUGAGCUCGAAGGAGAAGUUGAGGGUGAGCAAAAGCGGAAUGCUGAGGCUGUUAAGGGUCUUCGCAAACAUGAGAGGAGAGUGAAGGAACUCACCUACCAGACAGAAGAAGAUCGCAAAAAUAUUCUCAGACUUCAAGACUUGGUAGAUAAACUUCAGGCAAAAGUAAAAUCUUACAAGAGACAAGCUGAGGAGGCUGAGGAACAAUCCAACACCAAUCUAUCAAAAUUCCGCAAGAUCCAGCAUGAGCUGGAGGAGGCCGAGGAGCGGGCUGACAUCGCGGAGUCCCAGGUCAACAAGCUGCGGGUGAAGAGCCGGGAGGUUCAUACCAAAGUCAUAAGUGAAGAGUGAAGGCCAUGAGGCUACAGAAUGACUGGAGAGAGGCACACAAUGUGAAACCUUCAGUCAUGUCUUUCCAUAAUGAUUGCCAAUUUUUCCCGAUGGCAAAGGAAAUAAAGAGUAAAAGAACUUUGCAAA